AUGCGAUUUCACAUACAACACCACGCUCCACUAAUGAGGGGCCUGCGCAGCUCUGGCGUGCGCAGCUUCCACACAUCUCCGCAUAGCCACUUGGUCAACAUCCAUCGGCCAAAGCCACAAGCCGCAGCAAAACGAAGCUCAUCAUCGGGCUCACAGAGCCGAUCUCACUCAGGAUGCGGUUGCCACCCUGCGCCUGCUGCUGCGAACCAAACCAGGACGGCAUACAUUGCCCUGGGAAGCAAUCUCGGUGACCGUGUAUCCGAGAUUGAAAAGGCAUGCAAUGAGAUGAACCGGCGAGGCAUUCGGGUCAAGCGAACCAGCAGUCUCUGGGAAACGGAGCCCAUGUAUGUGACGGAUCAAGACCGCUUCAUCAACGGUGCUUGCGAGGUUGAGACUGAACUUGAACCUCUGGGGCUGCUUGAUGAGCUACAAGCCAUCGAGCGUGACAUGGGCCGUAAGAAAGUGAUUGACAAAGGUCCACGCAAUAUCGACCUAGAUAUAUUACUCUAUGGCGAUGAAAAGGUCCAGAAUGACAGACUCAAUGUGCCACAUAUUGGCAUCCCUGAGCGCGAAUUUGUCCUGAGACCAUUGGCAGAGUUAAUUCCAUCAAAGCCGCUGUAUGCGUCGCAGCCAUGGAAGCUGGUCCAGGAUUACCUAAAUGACCUCACUCCUGGCGAGCCCCUAUCCUCCAUUACGCCAAUGUCUUCAGCGCUGGCACCACUCACGCCCCUCGUACGUAACAGAAAGACUAGCGUCAUGGGAAUCCUGAAUAUGACGCCUGAUUCCUUCUCCGAUGGUGGCCGCAACAAUCUGGAAACUCUGUCCAAUACCGUCAAGGAUCUUGUUCGCAACGGGGCAUCCAUCAUCGACGUGGGUGGGCAGUCGACAGCCCCUGGACGCCCCGAGGUAUCCGCAGAGGAAGAAGCUUCUCGGGUGUUGCCCGCCAUUGAACUCAUCCGCUCCAUACCGGAAACCCGUCACGUCGCCAUUAGCGUCGACACCUAUCGCGCAUCCGUUGCUGAGAAGGCCAUCGCCAGCGGGGCCGACAUUAUCAAUGAUGUUUCUGCCGGUACUCUCGAUGCCGAAAUGCUCCCAACUGUGGGCAGGCUUGGGAAAACCAUUUGCCUAAUGCAUAUGCGCGGAACUCCACAGAACAUGACCCAGCUCACUUCCUAUCCAGAGGGCCUGGUGCCAACCGUCGCGGCAGAGUUGCUCGAGCGCGUAGCCGCAGCCGAAGCAGCAGGUAUCCGACGGUGGCGGAUAAUUCUCGACCCAGGAAUCGGGUUCGCAAAAACGGGCGCCCAGAACCUGGAACUGCUACGUAGCCUGGAAGAGCUCAGGGAAUGGCCUGGCCUACGUGGCCUGCCAUGGCUCGUUGGCACGAGUCGCAAGAGCUUUAUCGGCAAGGUGACUGGAGUGGAAGAGGCAUCGCAAAGGGUCUGGGGCACGGCCGCGACAGUGGCAGCGGCAGUUCAAGGAGGAGCGGAUGUGAUACGUGUACACGAUGUUCGGGAGAUGGCCUUGGUGACCACCAUGUCGGAUGCUAUCUGGAGAGCCUGA